UCCGUCGCCGCUCGUGCCCGCUCGGUUUAGGGGCGUUUGCGCACUCCCGAGACACCAGGAAAUAUGGCGGCGCUCAUGACUCUCAGUCAGUUAUCAAGUGGAAACCCAGUCUAUGAGAACUAUUACAGACAGCUGGAUCCACUAGGCACAGGCAAAGUAUCGGCUGGAGAUGCAGCGCAGUUCCUCAAGAAAUCAGGGCUGUCAGAUAGUACAUUGGGAAAGAUUUGGGAUUUGGCAGAUUCAGAAAGAAGAGGCUAUUUGGAUAAACGGGGUUUCUUCAUCGCUCUGAGACUUGUAGCCUCAGCACAGGGUGGAAAUGAUAUCAGUCUUAGCAACCUCAACCAGAACUUAGCUGCACCUAAAUUUAGAGACACUAACAGCCCUUUAUUAAGCGUUUCAACGACAGGACCUGACUCACAGUGGGCAAUUAGGCCUGAUGAAAAAGGGAAAUUUGAGGGCAUUUUUGAGAGUUUGGUCCCUGUGAAUGGUCUCCUCUCUGGCGAUAAAGUCAAGCCAGUUUUGAUAAACUCCAAGCUACCUCUGGAUGCGUUAGGAAAGAUUUGGGACCUAAGCGACGUGGACAAAGAUGGGCACUUGGACAAAGAUGAAUUCACAGUGGCCAUGCACCUCGUUUACCGUGCCAUGGAGAAGGAGCCUGUCCCAACUACCUUACCCACUUCCCUCAUACCCCCAUCUAAAAGGAAGAAGUCUGCAGGUGGGCUGCCAGGUGCUGUGGCCGUACUGCCUGCGCUCUCCGGUUUUACGCCAGGCUCGGCUCCUUUCAAAGACUCCUUGCGAAGCACUCCUCCUUUGGUCCCAGCUGCUCCCCUCAGCACCAGUGCUGUCAGCCUCUCCCCAAAACACUCCUUUAAAUCCAGCUCACCGCCAGCGGUGAACUGGGUGGUACCGCUGGCUGACAGAGAGCGAUAUGAUGGGAUCUUCAAGAAAACAGACAGCGACAAUGACGGCCUGGUUAAUGGAACUGAGGUCAUAGAGAUCUUCAUGCAGUCCACUCUCUCCCAGACGAUGCUGGCUCAGAUAUGGGGACUUGCUGACACCAAACAAACUGGCAAGCUGAACCGGGAGCAGUUUUCUCUUGCCAUGUACCUGAUCCAGCAGAAGGUCACUAAAGGCAUAGACCCUCCCUCUACUCUAACUCCAGACAUGAUUCCUCCGUCAGAGAGGACUGCGGCUUCAGUGGCGAGUCCUAGCUAUGUGGGGCUUAUGUCAGCUGUGAGACCUGAUCUUGCUGCACUAGCUUAUAUGCGCAGAGACAGCACCAGCUCCACGGGGUCGGCUGAGCUGACAGGCAUCAAAGAGCUGGAUGACCUCAGCCAGGAAAUAGCUCAGCUGCAGAGAGAGAAAUUCAUUCUGGAGCAAGAAAUCAGGGAAAAGGAGGAAGCCAUCAGACAGCAAAACACCGAAGUUCAGGAAAUGCAGAAUGGAUUAGACAGGGAGAGCAGCAGCCUGCAGGACCUGGAGUCGCAGAAGCAGGAUGCCCAAGAACGUCUGGAGGAAAUGGACCAGCAGCGCUCCAAGCUGGAGGGAAUGCUCAACGACGUCAAGCAGAAGUGCCAGGAAGAGACCCAGAUGAUCUCAUCCCUGCAGAGCCAGAUCCGCUCUCAGGAGACCGACCUCCGCAGCCAGGAGGAUGAACUGAGCCGCACCAAGGCGGACCUGAGCCGACUACAGGAUGAGGAGGCAAUGCUCGAGCAGAGCCUGCUCUCCGGUCGGGUCCAGCUGGAUAGCAUCACCAAGUCGCUCAAAACCACUCAGGAAGAGAUCAACCAGGCUCGCAGUAAGCUAUCACUGAUCCAGGACAACCAAAAGGAAGUGACCAAGACCAUUGAACAAUACAACAACGCUUUGAGCGACAUCAACGGAGGAAACUUCAGCAACCUGCCAGAUUUAGGUGAAGGCUUUGCUGAGAAGGAGAACGGAGGUUUCAGAAGUGCGGAUGACUCUUUCAAGUCAAGGAUAGCCAUGUUCAACAACAGCAGUGCAAAGGAGCCUCCGGCUGACCCCUUCCAGUCAGAGGACCCCUUCAAGCCCGACCCCUUCUUAGAUCCAUUUGGUGGAGAUCCUUUCAAAGAAAGUGAUCCCUUCAAAGGCACCUCAUCUGAUGAUUUUUUCAAGAGGACAGACAAGUCAAACCUGUUUGGAUCCUCAGACCCCUUCAGUAGAAAACCCACACCACCAGUCAAGCCAAGUGCCCUCAGCAGUGGUGACCCUUUCACAUCAAGCAGUCCAAAACCAGAUGUGUUUGGGACAGCGGACCCCUUUGGAAGCAACUCUUUUGGGGGCAAGGGGGGUGGAUUUGCCGACUUUAGUCAGAUGUCAAAGAAGUCAGACAACCCUGUCCUCCCAUCAAAGAAAAAUGUGCCUAACCGGCCUGCACCUCCCUAUGGAGGUAUGCUCAGUUUGACUGCAUCAGAGCCGUUCCAGAACAUUCGCUCCACAGCAGACAGUAAAGACGCUUUUGUUACGACACACUCGAGUAAAGAGUCCAAAGACCGCCCUGUGGGUUUUGCAGAUUUUGGCUCUUUUGGAAGUGAGACCGAUCAGCUGGAGUGGGCCAAACGGGAGAGCGAGCGUGAGGAGGAGAGGCUGAGGAGGCUGCGGCUCCAGGAGCAGCAAGACCUGGAGCUUGCCAUCGCUCUCAGCAGGGCCGACAUGCCCAGCGCCUGACCAGGCAUGCCCCGCUGCAUCUUUUUGUCCUCCCCUCUGCCUUACAGUCCUCUGUCCGCAGGCUCAUGACAACAGCACCAACACUGGCCCGACACAACCCGGAGCCCCUGUUACCAAUUUGUGCAUGAGACCAGUGUUUCUCCAGCUACGACUGGACUCAUGUCAAACGACUUCACAUUUAGCAACCAGUUAUGGUUCAUUGCUACCAAACUACACGGCGACUAUAAUCAAGGACAAUACGGAGCCGCUCUACUGAAGCCUGGCUUCACCCUGGAAGAACGUAGUGAUUUAACACAACUCAAACCAGCUACAUCUAGCUCCAUAUCUUGUAAUAGCUAAAUCACCUUGCCUUAUCCAAACGCCUCUCUGUUGCAAGAAAAAAAAAAACCUUUUAAUAAUAUUUUACUGUUUUAUUUAUAUACAAACGCAAUCUGUGGUGUAUGAAGUCCUUGUAAAAUGC